UGGAUGCCCUGGGGUGUUGCAGAUCCACUUAAGGCUGAGGCUGGCGUGGAGACGAGCUGGUCUGCACAGGACCAGAGGGAGCCCUGCUGAUGCCGGACUCUGGGCCGACCUGGACGCCGUGGAGGGUUCCGGCAGCCAUGCCCUGGCCCGCGGCACUCCUGCUCCUCGUCCUGGCCAGUGGGGCUGAGGCCUUCCGCAUCUGCGCCUUCAACGCCCAGCGGCUGACCCUCACCAAAGUGACCAGGGAGCCCGUGAUGGACACUUUGGUGCGGAUCCUGGCUCGCUGUGACAUCAUGGUGCUGCAGGAGGUGGUGGACUCUUCUGGCAAUGCCAUUCCUCUCCUGCUUCGGGAGCUCAACAGGUAUGAUGACUCCGGGCCCUACAGCUCCUUGAGCAGCCCCCUGCUGGGGCGCAGCACAUACAUGGAGAAGUAUGUGUACAUCUACCGGUCACACAGGACACAGGUCCUGGAGUCGUAUGUGUACAGCGAUCAGGACGACCUCUUUGUACGGGAGCCGUUUGUGGCCCGGUUCACGCUGCCUAGCAAGGUCCUGCCCAGCCUGGCGCUGGUCCCGCUGCACACCACCCCGAAGGCCGUGGAGAAGGAGCUCAAUGCCCUGUAUGAUGUGUUUCUGGACGCCUCCCAGCGUUGGCAGAGUGAGGACGUGAUCCUGCUCGGGGACUUCAAUGCUGACUGCGGUUCGCUGACCAAAAAGCGGCUGAGCGAGCUGGUGCUGCGGACGCAGGAUGGCUUCCACUGGGCGAUUGCUGAUGGGGAGGACACCACGGUGCGGGCCAGCACCCACUGCACCUACGACCGCAUUGUGCUGCACGGGGGGCACUGCCAAGGCCUACUUCGCGCCGCCUACGCGUUUGACUUCCCCAGGAGCUUCCAGCUCAGCGAGGAGCAGGCCCUCAACAUCAGCGACCACUACCCUGUGGAGGUGGAGCUGAACCGGGCGGCACCAGGGGGCCAGCCCCUUAGCCUGGUGGCUCUGCUGCUGCCCCCGCUGCUACUGCCACUCCUGCUCCCUCAGCUGGGCCCCACGGCCUGACCCACCGCGGCCAACCCCAGCCUCCCGUCCACCCCGCCCGGGGGCCGGAGUGACUCCUGAGGGGUUCCAGUGCCGCCCACCGGACCGCAGCCCUGUGCCAUCUGCCUUUUCUUUGGCUGGGUUUGUGCCUGGUACGAGCUUGCGGAAGCAGCAGCAGCCAAGGGCCUGGAGGCCAAACACAUCUGCCUCCCCACAGGUAGUGUCAGGAGACGGGACAGAGCAGGCGCUGGGGUACCGGGGAAGGGGAGGAGGCUCAGAAGCAGGUCUUGAUUAAACUCCUGCAGCGCUCAGAAAAGGGAAUCACGAAAGGUCACAGGAUUUUAUUCUAUGAAAAACGGAAACUUUUUAUUGUGAAAAGGGACAGUUACAUGUCCUGAGAACAAAGAAGCAGACUGAAGCGCCGUUCACGUGUGUGGUGUCUAUGCCGAAGGGCUGUCUAUUGUAUACAGAACUCACUUAAAACGCCAAAGGAAUAUUACGAUGCCAGCAGAUACAAGGAUGGAGAUGAACAGUUUACUCCAAAAAAAAAUAACUAAUGAACAAACCGGGAUCACGUGACCCAAGCAGGGGAAAGGGCUGGGGACACCCAUGACCCCAGGUAGGGGGUCUCAGUCUUCGUGGGCAGACUGCAGGGACACAGAGCACACCCAGAUCCGCAGAGGGAUCACACAGCCUUUGCAAUGUGCAGGCUGCACAUUGUACUUGCCUCCAGGUAGCUGUGUCGCCCAGGGAAAGGGGAGGGCGCAGACCUCGAACAGCCCUCAUUCUCCACCCAUUUUCCAAAGAAGAGUUCAGUAAAAACUAUUGGAGCAAUAUUGGGGCUGUUUCUGUGAUUAAAUCUGUGGUUUGUGACCAUCUCUGAAGUCAAAAAAAUGAAGGUCAUUUAAACUUUAGAAAUACCCCCAGGCAUGAAACCCAUGCAGACCA